UACUAGUGAGCACGGUGCAAAGCGUCGACUUGCAUCCUACCUCCAUCCAUCUCAUCCUCACACGGCGGCACAGUAUCCAUCUAUCCAUCCCAGGCAAGGUGCACCCGAGCGGGCUUUAGCGGCAGGAUGCUGGCGUGUACAGAGAUGAUCACCAUGUGUCUGCAGUCAGCCAAGCAGCAACAUCUCAGCAAGCAGCAGAAAGCGUGUGACCACAACCAUAACCACACUGCACCCCUUUUUCACGAUAUAUUCCGACGGGCAGACAAAAAUGAUGACGGGAAGCUGUCCUUGGAGGAGUUCCAGUCAUACUUCAGCGACGGCGUCCUCACAGAGGAGCAGAUGCAGGAGCUUUAUUAUUCCAUCGACAGGCAGCACACAGACAACAUGGACAUCGAUAAACUCUCAGAGUACUUCAGUCCACAUGUGGGGGAGUACGUCAGUGUCCUGUCUGCUUUGGAAAAGCUGAAUGUGGCUAUUUUAAAGGCCAUGGAUAAAACUAAAGAGGAAUAUCAGGGCUCCUCAGUGCUGGGUCAGUUUGUGACACGCUUCCUGCUCAAGGAGACCUCCACCCAGCUGCAGUCCCUGCAGUCAUCACUGGACUGUGCGAUGGAGGCCGUGCACGACCAAGGCUGCACUGGCAGGAGGACAGUGAAGAAGCCAGAGGACCUGCCCAUCCAGAGGGUGACCAAACGUCCGGGCCGACGCAUCCAGAAGAACAUGUGUCUCUCCCCGACGGACCCUUACUCUGGCAUGCUGACCACAGGGGUCAGCGUGGAGUCAGACUACCAUUGGGGCUCCCAGGUUGACCAGUUGGAGCAUCUCAUAGAUAAGCUGGACUGUGAGAGUCCACAUUUGGAACCUCUCAAAGAAGACACACUGGCAGGGACGUAUAAAUCGAACAUUCUUCUGGUUCAAAGACAAAUGUCAGUGAAGGAACAAGACGUAGAGAACUUUCAACAAGCUCUGAAGAUCUACAUAGAGGCCAGCACAGGACAACACGACAACCUGCACAUUUCAGUCCAGAACUUACCAGACAGAUCUUGCUUCAUCAUGUAUGAAUUUUGGCAGGAUCGCCUCUCCUGGAUGAGCUUCCUGCAAUCGACCAUCAGUAAGACGUUCCAGCGCUGCAUCAUCGACUCACUGGAAGAGCCAGAGAUUGUCUCCACUAUGCUCCUCCCAGCUUCCUGGUGGAUUAUGAACAACAACUGACGGAGCAAAGCCGCUUUGGAUGAGCACAGAUUGGAAGAGAAAAUGGGAUUUGUUUUUCUUGCUCUUUUCUUAAAGAUAUUCUCAUUUUCCUGAAGGCGUGUUGGCCAGAAUAUUUGUCGCAAAGCUUUGCUUCAAUGUAUAAAAUGAUGAAACCAACCUUGAAUAGAAGAUAAUGCAAUACUUAAUUGAGCGAUCAGGAUGAAUAGUAAUAAUAUUGACGGGGCACACCUCUUACUCUUAAUUUAUUAGAAGCACAAAACACUGAAAAUAAUGCAUGAUUUCUUAUAGAUACUACUUUGUCAUUUUAUGUCAUGCUAAAAUAAGAAGUUCAACUUGACUCCUUUUUUCAAUAUUAAUACUAAUGAGUUAUCCUCAUUUCGUUUUGUCCUCUUUGUGAUGUUGUGUGCUAUUAUUGCUAUAUAGCCUCUUUCUGCUAGUGGAUGAAAACAUCCUCGAGAUUAGACAAAAAAAUGUUACUGACAAUAAUGAUGCAUAUGUAACUCCUUAUUCUCUUUUGUCACUCUUGCACUUUAGGGAAAAAAAACUUGGACCUAAUUGUUCAAACAGGUAGAUUUUAUGUAGAUUGUAAAUGUAUUCUCAUCGAGUUUCACUGUAAAUAUGGCAACAUUAGCAGACAAUUAACACCUUAAUAACCAAAUAACGUAAAACUCAAAAGCCAGUGUUAUAACCAGUGGACAGUCAAGUACCGGUAGAUGUUUAUAUUUUGGAUGCAGAAAGUGUUUUGUGUAAUGACACUAGACAAUACAAGUGUAUUGUGUACAGUCGUCAAUGAAAGUAGUGGUUGCUACUACUUUAAUGUGAUGCGUGUUUACAGUAUGUGCAUGAUGUAUAAAUCAUAGAGAAAAUAUGUCACGCUUUUUAAUUUCUUAUUUGAUCAAGAAUGUGAAAUUGUUCUGUGGAUGUUCUGUUUGUUUUUUGGCAUGCAAUAAAAUUAAUGACAUGCACAAAAGGUUGACAUUCAUGCAUAAUGGACUAUUUGCAAACUUCCGAAAGAAGUGCAUAUAUAGCUUUCUCCUGGUAUUAAAGUAUUAACUGAAUCCUAAGUAAAGUAUUAAUGUCAAAAGGCAGCAUAUCAUCUGUGGG